GGGAGGGAAUGGGCUGAAUUGGGCGGUCAGCUAAAACCCUAGUUAUCUCAAUUGUUGUUAGUCUUGACGUACUGGAUGGAAGUGGCUGCUUGUUUUUGUUUUUGAAAAGUUGUUUCUCUUCGGUUCCUCUAUCUAGGAGGUCCUGGUUGGAAGAGCAGCGAUGUCUUGGUACCGCUUUCUGCAUAUUGACAGCAGUGUGAAGCAUCUGUUGAGAGCUGACUUUCAAGGACGGGAACUAUGGAAAUGUUGGAUGAGUAACCAUCUACCUGCAGUAACUGCAAGACGUUGGAAACAUGGUGCUCCAGACUCCUUGAACUGUUCAUGGUUGAUGCACGAUCAACACUUGGAAUUGAAGUAUUCUGACAUGGUGAUGCGAUUAAAUUACGUUUGGCUGCGAGAUCAUUGUCGCUCUGCAUCGUGUUACAACCCAAAGACUAAUCAGCGGAGCUUGGACACAGCUCAGGUGGAUUUGGCAAUUAAGCCAGCAAAAAUACGUUCUGACAAUGAUACAAUCUACAUAACCUGGCCAGAUAAUCACAUGACCAAAUACGACUUGUCAUGGUUGGCAAAAUAUUCUUUUGAAGGCCAGAAACAGACAGUCCAACGACGUAUUCUCUGGAAUGCUUCUGUUUAUAAAGAAGCCCAAAUGCCUUAUGUCACUUACAAUUCUGUGAUGGAGUCGGAUGAAGAACUCAAAAAAUUUUUGGAAGCCUUCCUACUUUAUGGCAUUGCUUUUAUUGAUGAAGUUCCUGUAAGUGUUGAGGCAACAGAAGCUGUAGCUUUACGUGUUGGUUUGAUCAGGGAGUCUAUUUUUGGCCGAAUGUGGGAUUUUACUUCAGAUUUCUCCCGUGGUGACACUGCUUACACAAAAGUGGCUCUUGAUCGCCAUAUAGAUACUACUUAUUUUCAAGAACCUUGUGGAGUUCAAUUGUUCCAUUGUUUGAGGCACGACGGAACUGGUGGAAGAACUCUGUUGCUGGAUGGGUUUCAUGCUGCCGAAAAUGUACGACAAGAAAAUCCACAUAACUUUGAAGUACUUACUAAAGUACCAAUAAAACAUGAAUACAUCGAGAAUGUAGGAGGAUGCCACAAUCACAUGAUUGGAAUUGGACCAAUUCUGAAUGUUUAUCCAUGGAAUAAUGAGUUAUACCUAAUGAGGUAUAACAAUUAUGACCGAACUGUUAUAAGCACAGUACCUCAUGAUGUUGUUCAUCAAUGGUAUGUUGCACACCGAGCCCUUACGACAGAACUUAGAAAACCAGAGAAUGAAAUCUGGGUGAAACUCAAACCUGGAAAGGUUUUAUUUGUUGAUAAUUGGAGAGUCCUUCAUGGCCGUGAUGCGUUUACCGGAUUCCGUCGGCUAUGUGGAUGUUACCUGAUGAGAGAUGACGUGCUGAACACUGCAAGAUUCCUUGGGAUCGAGAUUUGAAAAACAAACCUGCUGAACUUUGCUGUAUACUUCAGAGUUCUGGCACUUAACUAAAUUUUAGAUCCACUUUUUGAUCUUGCUGGUGAAGCAUGUUAAAGAUCAAGAUGAACUAAAUGUUUAUUGAGUGAGACGGUUUCACAAAUUCUAUUUUGUUUGCCCUGCUGAACCAUGAAGUUAGUUUUAAAGCUUUUAUUAUUGUUAUAUUUCAACUAUUGCCCUUUUUGACGAACCCUCCUCCUCAUGGAUUUAUGAAAUUUAUUCCAAUCAUGUAAAGUAAAAUUUACUGUAUACAGUUGCCAAA